AUGGAGGCUGUGGGAGCCACGGAAGGAUCUGACGAGGGCGGAGGGGAGGCCGAGUCCUCCAAGAAAAUUGAAGACUUGCUGGAAAUGGUGAAAAAGCUGCAGAAAGGAAGCCUGGAACCUCGGGUUGAGGUCCUGAUUAACCGUAUUAAUGAAGUUCAAGAAGCCAAAAAGAAAGCCAGUGAGGAGCUGGGAGAGGCCCGGACCCUCUGGGAGACUCUGCAGAAGGAACUGGACUCCAUGAACGAAGAGAAGGUGCACCUGAAGGAGUUCUUGAACGAAAGGAAAGAGGCACUGAACGCCCUGCAUCUGCACUACCAGGAGACAGACAAAAAGCUGAUCCAGGCAAAGCUGGAAGAUGUGAACCAUCAGUUGCACUCCCUGUGUGGGGCUGAGGGUCCUUCGACCAUCAGUGAGGGUCUCUUCCUGCGCAGCAAGGAGGCUGUGACUGCUGUGCAGCUGUUUGAGGAGGAGAAGAGCAAGGCUGAAGCGCUUCUGGAGGCUGCGGCCCAGCGCCAGCAGCAGCUGCAGGAGAAGUGCCAGCAGCUGCAGGAGAAGUGCCAGAGGCUGAAGGAGGAACUGGAAAAGCGUGGAGUAGCGGUUCCGGCCCAAGCCCACAAGGUCCAAGAGGAAGGGGCCAUCCCUGGAGAGGUGGAGAACCAGGGAUUAGGGAGGUGGGAGGAGGUUCGAAAGCAGGGAGGGGGCCGAUGGGAAGGGCGUUCUCAGUAG